AUGACUAUGAAAUCGGUAUGUGUGUAUUGUGGUUCGUCUUCAGGUAAAGAUAAGAUUUUCUCAGCGCAAGCCAAUGAAUUAGGUAAAUUAUUCUAUGGAUUAGGCUGGCAGUUAAUUUAUGGAGGUGGUACUACAGGUUUAAUGGGUCAAGUAGCCAUUGGUGCCAUGGGAGACAAUUCUGAUGGUCACGUCCAUGGUAUUAUUCCCAACGCCCUUGUUGCUAAAGAACGUAAGGAUUCUCAAGGAGGAGUAGUAGAAAAGGAGGAGGAUGAGAUACAGAUAGAUGUAGAUGUAGAAGAUCAUAGAGGGUCUACCCCGAUUUCUAAUAAGUUUGGGAAGACUACUGUUGUUCCAGAUAUGCAUUCGAGAAAAAGAAUGAUGGCUGAAUUAAGUGACGCUUUCGUAGCUAUGCCCGGUGGGUAUGGGACCAUGGAGGAAAUCAUGGAAUGUAUUACAUGGUCUCAAUUAGGUAUUCAUAAUAAACCAAUUGUUUUAUUCAAUAUAGAUGGAUUUUAUGAUUCCUUAUUAAAAUUUGUCCAAAAUUCCAUUGAAAGAGGGUUUAUUAGUGAGAAAAAUGGGAAGAUUGUUCAAGUAGCCACUACAGCUCCAGAAGUUAUUGAAAUGAUUCAAAACUAUGUUGUUCCUGAAGGUAGAUUCAAUUUGAAUUGGCAAGACGAAGGGGACAAUGAGCAUGAUGAUGAGCAUGAUUGUAAGUAA